CCGGCUCCUAUGACGGACGGACUUCCGAACCGGAAGCGGUGGCUUCGAUUCGCUCUCUUCCGUCUUACCUGCCCGGGUUGCUAUGGAGGACGGAGCGGCGGAGCUGGAGGUUUUCCGCCGCCGCUGGCGGGCGGAGCUGACUCAAGGGGGCCGGUGGGGGGGCAGCGUCAGCAGUAGUAGCGGGUCAGGGGGCAGCGGUAGCCGGAAGAGGCAGCGCGGGGCAGAAGGCGAAGCGUCGGAGCCCGUCAGAGGGUGGGGAGGCUGCGGGGGAAUCCCUCGGUGGGAGCCGGAGGAGGAAGAGAAGGAUGACCAGCCGCCUCCGCCAGCGCCUCGCAGGCGUCCCUGUAGCCCCCUCGCGCCGGGCCCUCAUCUUGCACCUGCCGCCGAGGCUCGAGGUGGGGGAAAGGAGGACCUUCUGGGGCAGCUUAUCCGGGACUUGAAUGAAAUCAACGAGGUUCCCUUCUUUGACGUUCAGCUGCCUUACGAACUGGCAUUAAAAAUAUUUCAGUUCCUUGGCAGGAAGGAGCUGGGGAGAUGCGCUCAGGUGAGCAAGGCCUGGAAAGUCCUAGCAGAAGACCAGGUCCUUUGGUUCCGGCUGUGCCGCCAAGAAGGUUACCUGCCUGACCAUCAAAUCUCUGACUUCUCUUUCUGGAAAAGGACCCUCCGAGAUUGCUGCGAGAAGGAGCAGGCUUUAAGAACCAACUGGAAGAACCGCAUUGGUGCUGUCAGCCAGCUGCAGUAUGAGCUUGGGAAAGUUCUGUGUGAUGUGCAUUCUUGCGAGGGAGUGGUCAUUGCUGGAUACACGUCGGGGGACGUGAAGCUGUGGGACACGCGCACCUGGGACUACACAGCCCCUGUCCUGGACCCAGAGCGCCACUUGGCUGCACCUGGGCCCCGGCCGCACGCCUCCUUUGUGCGGAUAAACAGCUCUCUGGCUGCGGCGGCUUACGAGGACGGGACAAUUAAGGUGUGGAGCCUGAUGGUUGGUCGCGACCCAGUCCAUUGCUACCAGCACAACCAGAAGAUACAAGCUCUGGCCCUGUCAGCUGAAGGGGCAGUGAUAGCAACUGCAUCAGCCUUCCAGGUCAAAGUCGAGAGCGCUAAUGACAAGGGCUACUGGGAGACGGCUGCAGAGUUUGAAAUCCAGAAACUGGUUGGCUUGCUCUGCCUGGUGCCCUGUGUUACAGCCCGCCCCGUGGUGGUGGCAACCGCAGAAGACAUCGUUUACCUCCUGAAGGUCGGGGAGCCAGUCAAAGUUCUCCAUUCUGUCUACGGCCAGCCCGUCACAUGCCUGGAUGUCUCAGCCAGCGAGGCGGCGUUCGGCGUGAAAGGCUUCGGGUGGUUGAUCAACGAGACCAACAAGAUCCUUCUCUACAGCUUGGAAACAGGACAGUGCACGGCACAGCUCGGCACCUCCUUGGCAGACUUCACCUGCGUCAACCUCCGGGACAGCCCUCCCUGCAUGCUGGUGGCUGGGAACAAAGACAGGAGGGUGAGGGUGUAUGACCUUCGCAGAAGCAAGCCCGUUUGCUCCCUCUACGGCCACCAGCUGGGAGUCUCUUCCGUGCAAAUGGACGACUGGAAGAUUGUCAGCGGAGGGGAAGAGGGGCUGGUGUGCGUGUGGGACCAGCGGAUGGGCACCAAACUCUGGGAAAUGCACGCCAGGCAUCCAGUCCGCCACAUCUGGUUCAACAGUCACAGCCUCAUCACCGCCAAUAUUCCCAAUGAAAAGGUUCCCCGAGGUGCCAGCAUCAUGGAUGAUGACUUGACAGCUCACAGAAGACAUCGGGGAAUCAUCUAUGCGUACGAGUUCUCUGUGGACCAGCUGGCUGUGGAGAGUGUCCUUCCUAUUUGCCGUUCCUCUUAUAACGAAGUGACUGGCUACAACUACAAUAUCGGCCUGGCAGUCCCCUAUGACGAUGUCUAGCUAGCAAAGGGAAUGCGCAAGAGGUGCUGAUCAAAGACCCAACCCUCCGUGGACCGGGAAGGCCAUGCUCCCCUAACAUGAAGGUGUCUGGGGCAGCUGCAGUGGCCUUUGCGAUGCUGCUGCAACACUUUGGGGGAGAAUGUGAAGAUGAGAGAGGCCCCUAAAAUGCAUCUGGGUGCAGCAGAAUGAACUCGCAACAGGCAAGCGCCGGUGCUGUGCAAAGCCCGGAUAUGACACGAUGGGAUUGGAGGAGAGGUGCUGGCCCAGAGCAGCAGAGGUGAGGAGGAGGAGGAGGAGGAAGUGAGCAGAGAAACUGGACUUUGUAACUUUUUCCCCAAGUCCCAAUCUUUUAGGUUAUGUAUGGGGGGUGGUGAGAAACGAGGGCUGGACCCACAACUGGCGGGAUGGUGAAGCGGGGGAACGACAGUGUUUCCUGAAAGCACAAGAGCGUCGCUUAACCUUUUCAGCAGUGCUCCUUCAGGACCAAAGUCCCUGCCAAAUGGCUCCUGAAACACACUUGUGAAGAACGUGAUUGUGGACAUCCUGAAACACAAAAACCAAUCUUUUCUAUCUGUUGUUGUUUGUUGUUAAGAAACCAGAUUUAUUAAAUUGCCACUGGCGUUCUGCAAACCUCAGUGAGCCAUGC